UAUGUGUGGUGGCGAUGGAAUGGGGUGCAUGGCGAGUUCCCAGAGGAUUAACGUUUCCACAGUUCCUAGUCGAGUGUCGUGGGACGGCGUAACGGUGAAAGGAGAAACAGUGGUGGCGGCUCUAGUAAGAUUAGACGACGAAAUCGCGAAGAGCGAGAAAGCAUACCCAGCGGCGAGGCUGGCUGUUAUCACAGCUGAGAUGGAAAGUUUGCAGCAGGAAAUCAAUACAUUCGAAGAAAAUACUAAGCCUACAAUAAUAACUCAAGAUGUAUAUGCAAAAACUAUUCACCAGUUGUUUGUAAGUCUAGAUCUGUACAGACGUCCAAUGUUAGCCUCCGAGAAUGAAGAUUUUGUCGCAAAUGUAAAUAGAAAGGAGAUGCGUGGACUCGAACUGAGUUGGUUGAAGGUACGCCACAGCGAGUUGCAACGUGAGCGACGAGUAUUGCACGCACAGAUCCUGCGCAUACGGUCGCUGUACGCACAGUUGCACCAAUUACUUGAAAGCGUAUGGGGAAAUGGUUUACGGCCAGGCACGCCUCUGGAGAGUGAGUUGACUCGCGCCCGUAGUCUCCGGGAUGCGUUAGCAUCUGUAAGCGUCCGUCUAAGAGCGGCCGCUGAGUACGCCCACGCAGCCGUUCGGUUGUUGGACGAUGCGCUUCCAUCUUGGAAACUAACUUCGGUUGGCAAUAGAAGCGGGUGGGAGCGCACCAACGCCUGCGCGGAGUCAUGCCGGCUGCUGGUGCAGGCGCGUUGCUUGGAGCGAGGCGCACGCCGCGUGCUGGCCGCGCCCGCCGCACCACGCGCAGCGAGAACCCUCAGACUUGCACUGGACUACGCGUUCACUGACACUUUACAUGAUCAUAAAUACCAACGCGCGACAGAGAUUUUUGUACAGUUUAAGGAGGCUUUGGUACAACUCAUAGAUUCUAUACAUAAGGUAUUACUCAACAAUUUGGAGAACUUGUCAGCAUCGGAAAAAGACGUGACCCGGUACAGACGGCAGCUCCGUUCGGCGAGGGUAAACUCUGUCGUACAAAAAGGAUUGGCCGAUUUGAAAUACGAGCCUAAAGUGCUCGCUAGUUUGAGAACACAGGUUAAGUGACUUCCAUCAGGUCGUAGCAGCUGAAUUUAAGAAAAAUACAAUCCAUGUUUAUUGUCAUUCAUUGAUUAGGAUUGGUAGAUUGAUGUUUCUUAUAUUCCUUGGCCAUCAUAUUGUACUGUAAUCAGUAGGUUGUGGUAUGUACCAACCAUAGAUAAUCACAAGAUGUUUUGAUAUUGCCAUAGUUAAAAUAUUCAUGUCUUGUUAAUCCUAUUACAUUAAAUAUUUUAUUAGAUACUAAAUUAUAAUAGCUAUCCAUGGCAAUAUUUUACCUCUUAAAAUUUUUAUAUUUUGUUACAAUUAUUACAGAUUCGUGGAAUGAUUACAUCAUAUACCUUUACAACUGUUGUUCCAA